AUGCGUCAUGACAAUUGCCGACCUCGUUGGGGCUACCCUGACGAGCGAGAUGGUCGGAUGUAUGACGAUCGCCCUCGAUCGCGAUCUCCUGGUGCACAUGCUAAUGCCUGCAAUUUGGUCUGGAAUAUAGGCCAAUCUCACUCGUCUUAUGCUCGUGGCCGAGGAAGCCGGUACCAAGACAGUAGAGAUGAUAAUGGGCAUGGUCGCCAAGGAUAUCGGGAUCGUGAUCACGAAGGUUAUCAAUCCCCUCAAUACAGCCGCAGUACUGAGUAUUCACACGAUUCUCGCGACUACAAUCGCGGUUCGGAAUACGCUCGCAGCUCUCGUGACCGCAACCGUAGCCCGGAAUACUCUCGCGACUCUCGCGACUCUCGCGGCCAUAAUCGCAGUUCGGAAUACUCUCGCGAUUCUCGCGACUCUCGCGACCACAAUCGCAGCCAAUUUUACUCGCGUCAAAAUCCCGGCCAGGAGAGUCGAGAGGUCAUACUGGAGCGGGUCCCGGUUGACAUGACAGAUAUCGAUAUCGAGACUGAACUGAGGAGCGAAUAUGAUGUUCCUGGAUUGGAAAAGGUCCGUCUUAUUCGGGAUAGGCAUACCAGUGAGUUAAACACCAUUAUCGUUGAACUGAUCUUGCCAUACUUACCUGGAUUCAUCGCAGGAAUUUCUCGUCAAAUCGCAUUUCUCAAGUUUGAAUGUAUCCAAGAUUCGAAACGCUUCAUGGACCAAAAUUUUCCCGCAAUUUAUUUGUAUGGCCCAAAUGGAGAGCAAAGCACGAAAGUAGGCAUUGCUUACAGCCGUGAGAGAGAUAACGGAGUCCCUGGGCAGAGUGCCGAUGACUGGAUUUGCAGAAUGUGCUCUGUCGUCAAUUUCGCACACCACAAUAUUUGCUCAUCUUGCAAAGCUCCAAAACCUGCACUGCAAACUGUCCAAAUGAAAGGCAACGGCGAGACGGAUGUGUCUGAGAAGGAGGUAUCGCAUGUUCUCAUUUUCAGAGGACUAGAAGCCUCUGUCACUGAAGAGGUUCUUGCCACAGCUGCGAAAAAACUUCUGCGACCUACGCCGACCCCAAUCAACACCAAUGUACCCCGUUCAAAAAUGACAUCCAGUACUAGUGAUGCCAAGUUGGGUGCCAAAUCUGGCUCUAUUCUGCGCGUCUUUCUUGUACGUGAUCGCGACUCAAAUGCAAGCUGGCGGUUUGGGUUUGCCGAAUUCGCCAACGAACGGGAUGCUCAAGAUGCGAUGGCUAAACUUCGGACAUUCGAAAAGUUUACCGUCUCUUCCAAGCCGGUGACGGUGAAUUACAUCCAUAGUGGUGUAUUUGUCACAGUGGCGGACCCGUCCACCCAAGACUGCAAAUUUUCAUUUGCUCAUCUCCGCAAACCAAAAUAUUUUCGGUACUGGGAUCCGCAAGGCUAUGCCAGUGAGUAUGUUUUGGAAGUGACUGAAGAGGCAGUCCAACCUGUCGCGGCGAACAUAGAAAAUUCCCACGGACAGCAGACUAGCCAGCCGCAAGGGUUUAUUAGCGCCGAGAAGGGCAAGAAAAGAAAAGCUGAGCCUGCGGCCAGCAUAAACACCAACCUCGCACCACCUCAACUGGAAUUUUGGCGCAAGCAGUAUGCUGAACUCCACAAUGUCGAAGAGAGUGCCGAUGAUAAUGUUACUGCAACCGAAAAGGGUCCUGACGAGAAUUCGGUCAACGAUUCGUAUUUGGACUACGAGCUUAAUUGCUGCUGGCUAUGUAUACAAGACUUCGAAGAUGGCGAGGAUCUCGGCUUUCACUCAUGGCACGACGAAGUGCACCUCAACAAUCUACAGGACGAAGAAGCGCUGGCUCGAGGCAAGCUGGACCCCGGCCCGACUUUCAUAGACCCUAAGCCUGAUUCACUUGUUUGCCUGCUAUGCAUGAAGAAAUUACCGGACAUCAUUGGGCUCAUGUGGCACGUACGAAUAGGUGAUAUGCACCGCAACAACCUCAAGGAUGAGGAAGUGGUAGCAUUUGGCUUGAAAAAAGUUGCUGCGCGACAUGCUGAGUUAUCUCGGCGUGCUAAAGAGGUCCAGGAGACCCAGAAUGGAAAGGAUACAUCGAUAUCUGAACAGGACUCUGCUCUCAACACCCAACCUGCUCCUGAAGCUCAGAAGUUGACAACCGACGCUCAACCCGAUCCUGAAUACCGUGAUCGUGCUAAGGAACGUCGACUUGCUUUCGGUCAAGUCGAAGUGAGUGGAAGACAGCAAAAGUCGGCUACACCGGAAGAGGACAAUGCACCUGUCAAGCCCAACUCUAAGGGCGCGAGCCUCUUGAAGCGUAUGGGCUGGGUAGAGGGUACUGGGCUGGGUGUCCAUGGAACUGGACGAGUCGACCCCAUUGCCCAGCAGGCCUAUGCUGAGGGCGUGGGACUUGGCGCCAAGGGUAGUAAAAUCGGUGAUGCAACCGAGGAGGCCGGACGUAAAACUCGCGGCCUCCAGCAUGAGUUCUUGGACAAGACCAAGGAAAGUGCUCGACACCGCUACGACGAGAUGGCCAAGGAGGGCUAA